CUUAAACGUAAGUUCCCCUCUCUCUUUCUCUGCUCCUCAUCUUUUCCUCUCACGCUGUCCACCAUCAACCUCCACCAUGGCUCCAUCUCUCAUGAAGGUCUUCACCUCAACCUUGUGCACCACUAUGCACACGCCGCAAUACGAGUUCCUCUCCGGCGCAGAAACCCAGUAUUAUGAGAGUCCCCAGCGUCGCGAAGCGAUCCUCCAAUAUCUCGAAUCCCACCCGGAGUCAUUCGAGAUCACAGAAAAGACCAACGAUUAUGGCUACGAACCCAUCAAACGCGUCCACAGGCAAGACUUUCUAGAUUAUCUCGAGCACGCGUACGAGGAAUGGAUCCAGGAAGGCGGUCAUCCGAACGGCGUCUUGCCUGCGACAAUUCCUCACUACAAAGUUGCGCGUCUUGGAAAACAGAAGACGUCCAAUUGUCUCGCGAAAUCUGGAGAGUACUGCUUCGACCUCUCCGCUGUGAUCACCAAAGAUACAUUCAGGGCAGCUUGGAACGCUGCGCAGGUGACUCUGACAGCGACCGAGGAGCUCGUGCAAGUCGGUGACGAGUUCGAGAAGAGCCUCGCCACUGGAACAGUAUCCCGCAGUAAUCCUCCUGGACUGUACGCGCUGGUGCGUCCUCCUGGGCACCAUGCUCAAUCGGACGUCUGCGGGGGUUACUGUUUCAUGAACAAUGUUGCCAUUGCUACACAAUGGUUGAUCGAUCAGCCUGGUUUGAGGGGCAAAGAUGGUGGACCUAAGAAAAUUGCCAUCCUUGAUAUCGACUUUCACCAUGGAAAUGGCACGCAAGAGAUCUUCUACACCACCUCAAACCCCCUCUACACAUCACUUCAUACUCAGGAUGAUUACCCAUACUUCACCGGAUCAGCACUCGAGAAGGGUGAGGGCGAAGGCCUGGGCUUCAACAUUAACAUUCCCCUACCGCAAUCGACCACUGACGACGAGUAUCUGGAGACGCUCCAGUCGUUGAUUCAGCAACAUGUUAUACCAUACAAUGCUGAUUACAUUAUUGUAUCCCUUGGAGUCGAUACCUACAAGGACGAUCCUAUCGCCGGAUUCUUGGUCACUUCUGAGGUCUACCCGAGAAUCGGACGGGCCCUUCGUGAAAUUGGAUUACCGACAUUGUUUGUCCAGGAAGGAGGAUACUGCAUCGAAAAGCUGGGAGUGAAUGUUGGAGGCAUCCUUCGCGGCUUCUUGGGUCAGAUGUAGUAUGGAAAAGGGUCCAAUAUGGUUUUUGAAUGCUACAGAAAUAAAGCGCUU